CACAGAUCGUGAAUCAGGUAAGAAUCUGUCGUUGUCCAAUUUGAGUCCUUAAGCUCGUCUUUACUUAUGUAUUCCUACUUUUGCCAAGAUUUCUUCUUGUAACCAUCCCCAAUCUAUCGCCAGCCUCCAAACUAUAGUUACCACAGCCAAGAUGGUCCGAAAGAAAGCACUCAUCAUCGGCAUCAACUACUUCGGCACGGACAACGAGCUAGGCGGAUGCAUCAAUGAUUGCGACAAUGUGCGCAACUUUUUGGUCAACGAUCGCGGAUUCUCGGGCACCAGCCACGAUAUGGUGGUGAUGGCCGAUGUGCCCGAAAAUGAGGGCACCCCGUUCUACCCUACUGGCGCCAACAUCCUGGCUGCCAUCAAGUGGUUGGUCACUUGGAAUCAACCGGGUGACAUCUUGUGGCUGUCGUACUCUGGCCAUGGGAGCCAGGUACGUGACCCGGAUCGAUCUACCGGCUUCUCUGAUACGAUCUGUCCUGUGGAUUUCGCCGAGAAUGGUCAAAUCACAAGUGAGAUUUUGCACCGCUCCAUCGUCACUCCAAUGAACCCCCAAUGCAGACUUACAAUUCUCUUCGAUUGCUGCCACAGUGGUUCCGCGGCAGAGCUGCCCUACGUGUACCGCCCCGACGCCGACGGCAACGUGAACAUGGUCGAUACCAUCAAGAAAGGUCUCGGCCUGGUGCAUGCCGCUGGCGACCUUUUGGAGGGCGGAUUCUCCAUCGAGAAGCUCGACGACGCCAAGAUGCUGCUCGGUGGUGCGACGGAUUUCUUCAACGGUCUUCAUCAUCGCCGAAAUCAGGAGGUCGGCGAAGACGGUCUGGCGCUCGAGAACUUUGAGGAGCACUGGGAAACUGAGGGAAAAGAUGUCUGGAUGUUCUCGGGAUGUGCGGAUGAUCAAACCUCUGCGGAUACGUCGAUUGCGGGUGCUGCGACAGGGGCCAUGAGUUGGGUUUUCAUAGCCACGAUGCGGGAGUACCCUGAGCAGAGUUAUAUCAACGUCCUGCAGAAUACUCGACAGGAGCUCGCCAAAAAGUAUUCGCAGAUCCCACAACUAAGUUGUGGCGGUGAGUAUGACCUAGAUCAGAAUCUUCUGCUUUAAGUCGCUUCAGCCUUGCCAACCUGGAUGAGUAUUCCGAGCCUCGAAAGACCAACUAGAUGUUGCUGAGAACCGUAAUCAUCAAAAGCGGUGAUAUCUAGAGAUUAUUGGGGACGAGUAUGCGAUUGUUGAAAAUACAUACAUCUCUAUACAUAUUGGACCAAAUGACGGUCAAAAGACGAGGGAUCCAAUUGUUGCAGAAUGUCGUCAUAUUGGUAGUUAUACUGGUAGUUACAUAGCAAUACAUUCGAGGUUCAUGAGAGAAAUAUAGUUUCUACAAGCUGGGGAUAAUGCAGGCUCUUCAUGGUAAAAUAAAGGC